AAUUAAAAUUAUCAAUGUCAAAGAGAGGAAGAGGAGGACAAGUUGGUAUUAAAUUGAGAAUUACACUUGCUUGCAAUGUCGGUGCUGUUCUCAAUUGCGCUGAUAACUCAGGAGCAAAAAAUAUCUACGUGAUUUCAACUUUUGGAAUUAAGGGACAUUUGAGCAGAUUACCAUCUGCUUCCAUUGGUGAUAUGGUUUUAUGCUCAGUCAAAUAAGGUAAGCCAGCACUUAGAAAGAAGGGUAAUUGAUUAAUUUAUCUUAGUCAUGUAAGCUGUUGUUGUAAGACAAAGAAAACCAUACAGACGUCGAGAAGGAUAUUACAUCUACUUUGAAGGUUAAUUAUGAAAUUAAUUGUUAGAUAAUGCUGGAGUUAUUAUCAAUCCAAAGGGUGAAAUGAAGGGAUCUGCAAUUACAGGCCCAGUUGGAAAGGAAGCCGCUGAUUUAUGGCCAAAGAUAGCAUCAGCUGCUGGUUCAGUUCUUUGAUUUAAAUUUGCAAUAUAUAUAAGUAUUAAUCAACACAUCAAUUUAAUCGCAC